UUCCCGCUUAACGGUCAGCGCAAAGGCAACUUAACGGCAAACCGAAGAAAGAAGAUAAACUAACGGAGAUAACAUGUACGUAGCUUUCGGCAGCCCUCUUUAUAGACACACAAGGUUUGUGCUGAUCCCACGGUGAGAUCCGCUCACAGUGGGAUCCAUUCCUGCAGUGUCAUCGAUUGAAACCUGGCCUCUGCUUUCUGUGGGCCACACCUGAGUGACGUCAGAGGCGCGUCACCUUAUUGGUCUGCUGUGUAUUUUGUCAACAGGUGAGACACACCAAAGCAGCGCGCGCUGAGGAGCGCCUCAAGCCUUCCUGUUUUCUGUCGGACUCUUCUCCGUUUUCCCCGUCAGUUCGAGCUGACUGGAAAUGUUCCGGUUCGGUACUUCCUCUCUGCUGCUGCUGGUUCUGCUUAGCUGCGCGCGGCGCGGCGCGGCGGAGCAAUGCGGCGGCGACGCGUUCGUCUCCGGCACUGAGAACUUCGUCCUGGACGCGAAGGACGCGGUGGAGGACGGCGCCGCUCUGCUGGGCACGCAGGCCGUGUCCGUGGAUGAGGAGUGCGAGACGCAGUGCUGUAAGGACCCACGCUGCAACCUGGCGCUGCUGGAGCCGCGCGACGAGGAGCAGGAGACGCGCACGUGCUUCCUGCUUGACUGUGUCCAUAAAAACCGUUUCGUGUGUCGGUUCGUGAACCAGGCCGGAUACAAGAGCUACAUUAGGACGAGCACCCACCAGAGAUACCUGGAGGCACCAGGUGAGCUGGCUCCGCCCAUCGCCAACGCCGGCCCUGACGUUGUCCUUCAGCCCGGAGAGAACGUGACGCUCAACGGCUCCGAGAGCAUGCCACUGCACCAGGCUAAGAUCUCCGACUACAAAUGGACUCAGCAGAGCGGAGACCAGAGCCUGAAGCUGGAGAAGACCGACCAUGACGACCAGGUGAGGCUCUCCGACCUGCAGCCGGGCUCCUACGUCUUGAAGCUGACCGUCACAGACUCCAAGGGGAAGAGCAGCCAUGACACGACCACCGUCAAGGUCCUCACCCCAGAGCUGUCCAUCUCGUACUGCCUGGCUCCGCCAAAGACCGGCCCAUGCCGCGCAGCGUUCCCUCGGUGGUAUUACAACACAACGACGCGCAGCUGUGAGAAGUUUACCUACGGAGGCUGUUUGCCCAACAAGAACAACUUCCUGUAUAAUGCAGAGUGUAUGUUGGCCUGCAGAGGAGUCACAGUUUCCUCAGAAAGGAGUAUCACUGUAAACACCAAUAAGGAGUGCGGCUCACCGUGCCGCCCCGAUCAGCUGACCUGUGAUGACGACUGCUGUUUGGACCGGGCUCUGGAGUGUGACGGUGUGAACCAAUGCAGCGACGGCUCUGAUGAAAAGCUCUGCAGCAAAUUGAGCCACACCUUCAACCGCCUGCUGAGCGUCAACGUCAGCGACCUCAAGCUUCAAUGCGUGGAGCCUCCUCGCACCGGCCCGUGUCGGGCGCACUUCCACCGCUGGUACUACAACCCCAAAGACAGGAAGUGCGUUCGCUUCAUCUACGGUGGCUGCUACGGAAACGGGAACAACUUCGAGGACGAGGACGAAUGCAGCGAGACCUGCGACGGAGUAACAGAGAGCAACAUGUUCUCCAGGGGGAUGUUUGAUCGGUUCGGCUCUGAUGAUGAUGAUGAUGAAAAAGCUGCAGGUUCAGGCUCCGUCGCCCUGGCUGUGAUUCUGGCGGUGGGCAUCUUGGCCCUGCUGGCCAUCGUGGGGUACUGCUACCUGCGGAGGCGCAGGAAGGCCCCCAGGCGGUCGGCGGGCCCCGGCCGGUCGGCGGGCCCCCCCAUGGCGGCGCUGUCGGAGCAGGACACGCUGGUCUACAACAGCACCACCAAGCCUGCCUGAUGGAAUCAUGGCAACCCGGCAAAUGGCCUCAUCCAGCUCCUGGUUUUGUCUUUUUGUGUCCUUUUCCUUUAAAUUCUGUUGUUUUUUCUCCAUGUGGGUCGUUUUCCUGAAGCGUUCCUGUUUCAGGUUGAAUUUGUGAAAAUACUGAAAUCUGGAUUUUAUUUCUGACGCUUGUCAGGCUCAGACAGUUGCUGGUCUGAACAGGUUCAUGAAUCCGUGUUUGGGUCUCAGGGUCGGUUCGUUUUGUUGCACAUCGUAUGGAGGUACACGUCAUCUUACUCAGUCCAAAUCCAUCGACAGGAGAAGGAAACUCUGUACAACCUUUCAUUUUUAACAUGUCAAGCCUCAGUUUUCAUUUCAGUUUUUAGUUCAGGACCAAAUAUCCUGAAAUGUUUUGAAGUUUAAUAAAAAUUUUACUUAAGAAA